GCCGAGUCCAACCCGACUACUUGUGGUCAUGGCCCGGGCACCCUGGAUGGGGCCGACUCUGUAUAGAGUUUUGCCUCUCCCGUUCUGUCUGGUGCGCCGGCCGACUCUCCUGGCGAUCGCGUGCUUGCGGCUCGGUUUCCCCCGGCACCUACUUGACAGUCUCGAUUCUCGACCCUGCUCGACUCAAGCUUUCGGUUUACCCUUUCUUUCACUUGCCUGAUGCCCAGAUUUUGAACUCUGAGCUGCGGCGUUGCCGAGACCACAAUCCUUCCACUGUAUACGACCCUGAGGCUUUAGCGCGAGCGUGAUUUGAUUGCAUCAGUCCUGGCAGCAGCACAUCAUCACUGUCGUCUUAUAUAUCUAUUCGUUUCCACAUCAGAGCCCGGCUCUCGUCAGCCUGCUCCUCUCGUUCUCACUCCCCAGUCUGUGUGGAAUUAGGCCCUGCUGCUCCACCAUGGAUAUCACUUCGGGAAAGGCCCCUAAGAAUGAGAUCGCACCGGAGACGAAGGCCGCUGAAGACGGCCCUCGCCGUGCAGACGGUGUCACUCAAUUGUAUGAAGGGAACAUCUUCGAUACAACGCCCGAGGAUCGCCGCCAGAUCGGCGUUGUCAGUGCAUCCUUUUUGAUCUUCAACCGAGUCAUCGGGACCGGCAUCUUCGCCACCCCCAGCACGAUUCUGUCGUUGUCUGGAAGUGUUGGCCUUUCGCUGUUUAUGUGGGUGGCUGGUACUGUGAUUGCUGUUGCCGGAACCGCCGUCUACCUGGAAUGGGGAACUGCAAUCCCCAAAAACGGAGGCGAGAAGAAUUAUCUCGAAUAUGUUUACAAGAAGCCAAAGUUCCUGGCCACGGCCAUGUUCGCUGCCUAUGCCGUCCUGCUCGGUUGGGCUGCGAGCAACAGUGUCGUCUUUGGACAAUACAUUCUCAACGCGGCCGACGUCGAGGUCGACCGAUGGAACCAACGUGGAAUUGGGUUGGCGUGUGUCACUGCCGCCUUCUUGAUCCACGGUUUUGCAUUGAAUUGGGGUUUGCGCCUUCAAAACCUUCUUGGAGUAGUCAAGCUUGUCAUCAUUGUUUUCAUCGUCGUUACUGGCUGGGUGGCUCUGGCUGGUCAUACCAAGGUUGAAACUCCUCAUAACUUUACCAAUGCCUUUGAGGGAACCACUGGAAGCGGAUAUGGUGUUGUCAUGGCACUGUACAAUGUCAUUUGGUCCUUUAUUGGCUACUCCAAUGCCAACUACGCCCUGAGCGAGACCAAGAACCCCACGCGUACUCUGAAGAUUGCUGCACCAAUUGCAAUUGGGUCUGUCGGCGUCCUCUACAUGCUCUGCAAUAUCGCCUACUUUGCAGCCGUCCCGAAAGGCCAGAUGCUCGAGUCGGGCCAGAUCGUGGCUGCGGUCUUCUUUGGAAAUAUGUUCGGGGCCCGCGCAGAGAAAGUCAUGUCUGUCUUUGUGGCCUUAUCAGCCUUUGGAAAUGUCCUAUCCGUCAUCUUCUCGCAAGGUCGAAUCGUCCAAGAACUCGGCCGCGAAGGUGUCCUUCCCCUCUCAAAGCUCUGGGCCAGCAACAAGCCUUUCAAAUCUCCUGCUGCCGGUCUCUUUGAGCACUGGGUCGUCUCAGUCAUCAUCAUGCUCGCUCCUCCCCCGGGCGAUGCCUACAACUUCCUUGUCAAUCUCAUAUCCUACCCCCUCGCCAUCGUCAACUUCUUCGUCUCCCUAGGCCUUAUCUACAUCUACCUUACAAAAGACAGAAACUUCCCGGACUGGUCCCCCGGCAUCCGCGCAACCCUCCCGGUAACCGUCUUCUUUUGCCUCUCAAAUCUAUAUCUCGUGGUCGCUCCCUAUAUCCCGCCGACGGAAGACCAGAACGUCUACGACCAACUACCCUACUACCUGCACUGCGUGGUGGCAUUGGGGAUAUUUGGCGCGGGCGCUAUCUAUUAUCUUGUUUGGGCCGUUGCAAUGCCAAGGCUCGGGGGGUAUGUUCUGGUUAAAGAGACCGUUGUGGAUGCGGACGGGUGGUCGAGGAGUGUUUUUACCAAGUUGCCCAUUGCGAGCAUCAAGGCGCCGCAGCAUGGUCCUGCAGUGGACUUUUAGUUGUUUGAUCGAGUGACCUAGCGUCGGAUAUUAUGGGAAGCGAUUAUAUUCUUGUAAUAAUUAAUUUGCGUUGCAUAGCAUAGCAUAGCAUUUUCUACGACACUCUGGUGUUAUUGUAUGAGUUUGCAUGAAAAACUUCAUUCUGGACUAU